GUGACCCGGGGCCGCGGUGGAGUGGACCUCGGCGGGCGGGGGCGUGGCCUCCCGCCGGCAGCGAAGCCACACCCCUGCCCCGCGGCCGCCCGCUUCAGUCAAGAUGGCGCUGGCGACGGGGAUGCGCGUCCCGGCGCGCGCCCUGCUCCGCGCGUGGGCCUGGCUCCCGGGCGCGGCCCUCGGGCGGACAGGACCGGCGGCCGGUGGCGGCGUCCGACGAUUCGGGAACCAGCGGGUGCUGGUGGAGCCGGACCCGGCCGCAGGGAUUGCUGUGAUGAAGUUCAAGAACCCCCCAGUGAACAGCCUCAGCCUAGAGUUGCUGACGGAGCUCGUCAUCAGUCUGGAGAAACUGGAGAACGACAAGACCUUCCGAGGCGUCAUCUUAACUUCGGACAGCCCCGGGGUCUUCUCAGCUGGCCUGGACCUGAGGGAAAUGUGCGGGAGGAACCCGGCGCACUAUGCUGAGUACUGGAAGGCUGUGCAGGAGCUGUGGUUGCGGCUCUACCUGUCCAAUAUGGUGCUGAUUGCCGCCAUCAAUGGAGCCUGCCCUGCUGGAGGCUGCCUGAUCUCCCUUACCUGUGACUACCGGGUCCUGGCUGACAAUCCCAGAUAUGCCAUUGGGCUGAAUGAGACCCUGCUGGGCAUCGUCGCCCCUUUCUGGUUCAAAGAUACGCUUGUGAACACCAUUGGGCACCGUGCCGCAGAGCGUGCUCUGCAGCUGGGGUUGCUCUUCCCGCCAGCAGAGGCCCUCCAGGUCGGCAUAGUGGACAAGGUGGUGCCUGAGGACCAGGUGCAGAGCACAGCGCUCUCAGUGAUGGGCAAGUGGCUGGCCAUUCCAGAUCACGCUCGACAGCUGACCAAGAACAUGAUGCGAAAGCCCACAGUAGACCGCUUGGUGAAACAGCGCGAUGCUGACAUCAAGAACUUUGUCAGUUUUGUCUCCAGAGACGCCAUUCAGAAGUCCUUGCAGAUUUACUUAGAAAAGCUCAAACAGAGGAAAGGCUAACGGCGGGGCUGCCCACACAGGCUGUAGGCUUAGGCACCCUUCCAGGGGCACUCUGGUCCCACGGGGGUUUAAACAAGGUAUUUUCCAAUUUAAAAAUCCUUGCAGCUCUUUGUUUUGCUGAUCUUUCCAGAAGGCCAUGUUCCUUGUAGCCAGGGCGGAAGACCCACCACCAUACACGAGUGCGUUUUCUGCCUGGCAGGUGGGGUUUGCAGGCAGUGUCUGGAUUGGGGAAUCAUGAACUGGCAGGUGGACCUAUUCUGGACCUGGGCAGUGUCACCGCUGAGUGCCUCCUUUCCCAAAGAAAUAUGACUGAAGCCCUGGCAGGUGUGUUUCAGUGUUAGAGCAUUGGCCUGUACACCAGAGGGUCACGGGUUCAAUUCCCAGUCCCUGGCGUGUAUGGAAGGCAACGGCUCAAUGUGGGACACAUCAAGGUUUUUCUCUCUCCCCCCACCCCCUCCUUUCCACUCUCUAAAAAUUAAUGGGAAAAAUAUCCUCAGUUGAGGGUUAACAAAAAAAAAAAAA